AUCUACAAAUGUCAACAUGGGCCGGGUACUGUUUCGGACAGACCUUCUGUUUACUGGCACAUACUCAGCAAACGGAACCAUGUUCUUUCAACCGAUGAUCGGAGAGGGUCGUUACUGGGUGGUAUUAAAAAACUUAGAAGUGGAAUUAUUUGCCCCUUACAACAUAGCUAGAAAUGAUUUUGGUGAAGAAAUCAUAGAAUCAUCGGAAUAUAAUUUCCGAUUUGACGUUAAAGAUGAAGCAGAGUUUCGCUUUGACAAUCUAUACUACGGAGAUACUGAACUCAGUGAUAUAAUGCACUCACUCUUCAAUAACAAUUGGAAGUUCGCAACAAAUCAUUAUGGGAGAGUUUUCAUAUCAAAAGUCGUUGAUACCAUGGCGAAGGCAUAUAAAAAUUAUUUUCGUUUAGCACCUUUAAGAUCGCUGAUCGAAUAUUAACAUACUCGUAGUCAUUAAGAAAAAAGAUUAAUAUUUCGCUGGACCUUGUAAUCUUUUACAGAUUUAUAGUGAUUACCUUUAUUAUUUAUCCUGUUCUAUAAAAUAUUUCUGCAUUUAGUGCAUAUAUCUGAAUAUUUAAACUAUUUUGUAUGCCACAAUAUAAAGUCAUUCGGUUCAAGAGCACGAACUUUGCCUUUUUCUUUAGCUUUGUUUUUAUCAUGGUCAUUGUCAUUGUUAAUAAUUGUACGACGAGACUGACAUGUUAUUUAUAAUAAAAGUCCCUUAAAACUUAUAGAUUAAAAAAAACUU